AUGAAGGUCUAUCUCAACAAGGCUGAGAUAAAGUAUUCUCUGGAUUCCGAGUGCAUCCCUGAGGAGUUCUCAGCUUCGAGCACGUACGCAAGUUUUCAAAAGACAGGCCGGAUAACUCCACCGGCUACUACAAUACCAAGGUUUAAGAAGUACAGUAUCGACGACUUCAACUUCCUCAAAGUGCUAGGAAAAGGAAGUUUUGGGAAGGAUGGUAGCAUGAAACAAUAAGGAAAAAUGCAUGUAAAGCUGACUUGCAGAGGUGUUUUGUCCCAGUAUCUGACGCUCGGUAUUUCUGUAUUUCAUUCAUCAUUUUAUUCAAUGGAAAAUUAUUUAUUUAGUUUUAAGAGUUUAGAUUCGCUUAUCAAAUGUGGAAAAAAUGGAUUGUUAUAGAAAAGACUGCAAUACCACAAGAUUUUUACAAUGUGACAUUUCAUAUCACGCUCAUAUUAAUAAUAAUAAUAAUAAUGUUUAUUGGUCCAAUUACAAAGUUUUCGUAUAAAUAAUAACGGCAAUGUCCAAUAAUUAUAAUAUACCCAAAAAAGUGUACACUUGUGCUUGGGUUUUAACCGAAGUAAAGUUAUAUUAAUACAACAAAUUUUAUUUAAGUAUACUAGUCAAAUGUAUAAAUUUGCAUCAUUUUAUGAUCAAAUAAUAUAUAGGUUUUUAGUGUCAACAAACUUAUGGAUUUGUAGCCUUGGCUGAUUUAGGAUCCAUGAUUUUAAUUCAAUUUUUAAACGUUUUAUACAUGUUAUAUAUUUAAGGCUUUCAGGAAUAACAUUAUAAAAUUUUGAGCAUAGAAAAUAGAAUGAUCUUUGGCUGAUAGUUUUACUAAGUCUAGGAAUGAUUGCAGAGGUUUCGUUGGA